AUAUUGAACUCGAGUUGGAAGAGGCGAGUCCGGUCUCAAAAUGGAGGUAAAACCGCCGCCCGGUCGCCCCCAGCCCGACUCCGGCCGUCGCCGCCGCCGCCGGGGGGAGGAGGGCCAUGAUCCAAAGGAACCAGAGCAGUUAAGAAAACUGUUUAUUGGUGGUUUGAGCUUUGAAACUACAGAUGAUAGUUUAAGAGAACAUUUUGAAAAAUGGGGCACACUUACAGAUUGUGUGGUGAUGAGAGACCCCCAAACAAAACGUUCCAGGGGUUUUGGUUUUGUGACUUACUCUUGUGUGGAGGAGGUGGAUGCAGCAAUGUGUGCUCGACCACACAAGGUUGAUGGGCGUGUAGUGGAACCAAAGAGAGCUGUUUCUAGAGAGGAUUCUGUAAAGCCUGGUGCCCAUCUAACUGUGAAGAAAAUUUUUGUCGGUGGUAUUAAAGAAGAUACAGAAGAAUAUAAUUUGAGAGACUACUUUGAAAAGUAUGGCAAGAUUGAAACCAUAGAAGUUAUGGAGGACAGGCAGAGUGGAAAAAAGAGAGGAUUUGCUUUUGUAACUUUUGAUGAUCAUGAUACAGUUGAUAAAAUUGUUGUUCAGAAAUACCACACUAUUAAUGGGCAUAAUUGUGAAGUGAAAAAGGCCCUUUCUAAACAAGAAAUGCAGUCUGCUGGAUCGCAAAGAGGUCGUGGAGGUGGAUCUGGCAACUUUAUGGGUCGUGGAGGAAACUUUGGAGGUGGUGGUAACUUUGGCCGCGGUGGAAACUUUGGUGGAAGAGGAGGCUAUGGUGGUGGAGGUGGUGGCAGCAGAGGUAGUUAUGGAGGAGGUGAUGGUGGAUAUAAUGGAUUUGGAGGUGAUGGUGGCAACUAUGGUGGUGGUCCUGGUUAUAGUAGUAGAGGAGGCUAUGGUGGCGGUGGACCAGGAUAUGGAAACCAAGGAGGUGGAUAUGGUGGCGGUGGUGGAGGAUAUGAUGGUUACAAUGAAGGAGGAAAUUUUGGAGGUAACUAUGGUGGUGGUGGGAACUAUAAUGAUUUUGGAAAUUAUAGUGGACAACAGCAAUCAAAUUAUGGACCCAUGAAGGGGGGCAGUUUUGGUGGAAGAAGCUCGGGCAGUCCCUAUGGUGGUGGUUAUGGAUCUGGUGGUGGAAGUGGUGGAUAUGGUAGCAGAAGGUUCUAAAAAUUUUCAGAAGAAAAGGGCUACAGUUCUUAGCAGGAGAGAGAGCGAGGAGUUGUCAGGAAAGCUGCAGGUUACUUUGAGACAGUCGUCCCAAAUGCAUUAGAGGAACUGUAAAAAUCUGCCACAGAAGGAACGAUGAUCCAUAGUCAGAAAAGUUACUGCAGCUUAAACAGGAAACCCUUCUUGUUCAGGACUGUCAUAGCCACAGUUUGCAAAAAGUGCAGCUAUUGAUUAAUGCAAUGUAGUGUCAAUUAGAUGUACAUUCCUGAGGUCUUUUAUCUGUUGUAGCUUUGUCUUUUUCUUUUUCUUUUCAUUACAUCAGGUAUAUUGCCCUGUAAAUUGUGGUAGUGGUACCAGGAAUAAAAAAUUAAGGAAUUUUUAA